AUGAGCGUGGAGGCGUAUGGACCCAGCUCGCAGACGCUAACCUUCCUGGACACGGAGGAGACAGAGCUGCUCGGAGCGGACACCCAGGGGUCCGAGUUCGACUUCACGGAUUUCACGCUCCCGAGCCAGACCCAGACCCAGCCAGGCCAGACGCAAAGCCAGCUCGACUGCCAGGUUAAUGGUUCUGACGGGAUCCUGGUGAACGGAGAGGACCCGGUGGUGAAGGCCACUCAGCUGCUGGCAGAGCUCAACUUUGAGGAAGACGAAGAGGAUGCGUUUUACAGCAAAGACCUGCCUGUGCAUGCGUGCAGUUACUGUGGAAUCCAUGAUCCGGCCUGUGUGGUUUAUUGCAACACCAGCAAAAAGUGGUUUUGUAACGGCCGCGGAAACACGUCUGGAAGCCACAUAGUGAACCAUCUGGUGAGGGCCAAGUCCAAGGAGGUGACCCUGCACAAAGACGGGCCUCUGGGGGAGACGGUGCUGGAGUGUUACAACUGCGGCUGUCGCAACGUCUUUCUGCUCGGAUUCAUCCCGGCCAAAGCAGACUCCGUGGUGGUUCUACUCUGCAGGCAGCCGUGUGCGAGCCAGAGCAGCCUGAAGGACAUAAACUGGGACAGCUCUCAGUGGCAGCCGCUGAUCCAGGACCGCUGCUUCCUGUCGUGGCUCGUGAAGAUCCCGUCUGAGCACGAGCAGCUGAGGGCGCGACAGAUCACAGCGCAGCAGAUCAACAAGCUGGAGGAGCUGUGGAAGGAGAGUCCGGGUGCAACUCUGGAGGACCUGGAGAAACCCGGUGUGGACGAGGAGCCUCAACACGUGCUGCUGCGCUACGAAGACGCCUACCAGUACCAGAACAUCUUUGGGCCUCUGGUCAAACUGGAGGCCGACUACGACAAGAAGCUGAAGGAGUCGCAGACUCAGGACAACAUCACAGUCAGAUGGGACCUGGGGCUAAACAAGAAGAGGAUCGCUUACUUCUCGAUUCCAAAAACAGAUUCAGACAUGCGGCUGAUGCAGGGAGACGAGAUCUGCCUCCGGUACAAAGGAGACCUGGCUCCUCCGUGGAAAGGCAUCGGCCACGUCAUCAAAGUCCCUGAUAAUUAUGGAGACGAGAUCGCCAUCGAGCUCCGGAGCAGCACGGGAGCCCCCAUCGAGAUCCCACACAACUUCCAAGUGGACUUUGUCUGGAAGUCCACGUCGUUUGACAGGAUGCAGUGUGCCCUGAAGACCUUUGCUGUGGACGAGACGUCUGUGUCCGGCUACAUUUACCACAAACUCCUGGGACACGAGGUGGAGGACGUCAUCAUCAAGUGCCAGCUCCCCAAGCGCUUCACUGCUCAGGGGCUGCCGGACCUCAACCACUCCCAGGUUUAUGCAGUGAAGACUGUGCUGCAGCGUCCUCUGAGUCUGAUCCAAGGACCUCCAGGAACGGGCAAAACCGUGACCUCUGCUACGAUAGUCUACCACCUCGCUCGACAAGGCAACGGGCCGGUGCUGGUGUGUGCUCCCAGUAACAUCGCAGUGGACCAGCUGACGGAGAAGAUCCACCAGACUGGACUCAAAGUUGUCCGACUCUGUGCCAAGAGCCGAGAGGCCAUAGACUCCCCGGUGUCUUUCCUCGCUCUGCACCAUCAGACCCGGAACAUGGACAGCAUGCCUGAGCUGCAGAAGCUGCAGCAGCUGAAGGAUGAGACUGGAGAACUGUCGUCGUCUGAUGAGAAACGCUACAGAGCUCUGAGACGCACCGCGGAGAGAGAGCUGCUGAUGAAUGCUGAUGUGAUCUGCUGCACUUGUGUCGGAGCCGGAGAUCCUCGUUUGGCAAAGAUGCAGUUCCGCUCCAUCCUCAUCGACGAGAGCACCCAGGCCACGGAGCCGGAGUGCAUGGUCCCAGUGGUGCUGGGGGCCAAGCAGCUGAUCCUGGUGGGGGAUCACUGUCAGCUGGGACCAGUGGUGAUGUGUAAGAAAGCGGCCAAAGCCGGUCUGUCCCAGUCCCUGUUCGAGCGCCUGGUGGUCCUGGGCAUCAGACCCAUCCGGCUGCAGGUCCAGUACCGGAUGCACCCGGCUCUCAGCGCCUUCCCUUCCAACAUCUUCUACGAGGGCUCCCUGCAGAACGGGGUCACCGCCGGCGACAGGAUGAAGAAAGGCUUUGACUUCCAGUGGCCUCAGCUCGACAAACCCAUGUUCUUCUACGUCACCCAGGGCCAGGAGGAGAUCGCCAGCUCCGGGACCUCCUAUCUCAACAGAACCGAAGCGUCCAACGUGGAGAAGAUCACCACGCGGCUACUGAAGGGCGGAGCCAAACCGGACCAGAUCGGGAUCAUCACGCCGUACGAGGGCCAGCGCUCCUACCUGGUCCAGUACAUGCAGUUCAGCGGGUCUCUGCACACCAAGCUCUACCAGGAGGUGGAGAUAGCCAGUGUGGACGCCUUCCAGGGCAGAGAGAAGGACUUCAUCAUCCUGUCGUGUGUCCGAGCCAACGAGCACCAGGGCAUCGGGUUCCUCAACGACCCCCGACGCCUCAACGUGGCCCUCACUCGCGCACGUUACGGCGUCAUCAUCGUGGGAAACCCCAAAGCUCUGUCCAAGCAGCCGCUGUGGAACCACCUCCUCAACUACUACAAGGAGCAGAAGGUGCUGGUGGAGGGGCCCCUGAACAACCUCCGGGAGAGCCUCAUGCAGUUCAGCAAACCCCGCAAACUGGUCAACACCAUCAACCCGGGCGGCCGCUUCAUGAGCACAGCAAUGUACGACGCCAGAGAGGCCCUGAUCCCCGGCUCGGCGUACGACCGCAGCAGCAACGGGCGCUCCUCCAGCCUGUACUUCCAGACCCAUGACCAGAUCGGGAUGAUUGGCUCCGGAGCGAACCCUCUGGCCUCUCUGAACAUCCCCAUCCCCUUUAACCUGGUCUUGCCUCCUCUUCCUCCUCCUGGAUACUUGGGCCAGAUCAACGGACCCUCUGCAGGUCGCGGAGGCCUGAAGGGGAAACCAGGAGGAGGCACUCGAGGCCGUCAGAGGAGCAGGACCAUGGGCAGCGCCGGGGGAGGGGACCGAGGCGGGACCAGCCAGACCAGCCAGGACCUGGGCUCUCAGUCCUUCUCCCAGGGGCCUCUCACCCAGGGCUACAUGAACAUGAGCCAGCCGUCCCAGAUGAGCCAGCCGGGCCUGUCCCAAGCCGAGCUCUCCCAGGACAGUUACCUUGGAGACGAGUUCAAGUCCCAGAUGGACAUAGCUCUGUCCCAGGACUCCACCUACCAGGGGGAGCGAGCCUACCAACACGGGGUGACGGGUGAGACCGCGAGAAUCCGACCAAUCACAAGCGAGGAGGGCACCGUGAGAGGCGAGGAGAGGCGGGGCGGGACUCUCGGGGCCCUGAGCGCGAGACAAGAUGGCCGACCGGGAGACACACGACGAGGAGAAGAAACCGUGGUGGCAACGGGGCACACGGACGGGACGCUCCACACCACUCCCCACGCCCGAGGAGCACCGGGAGAAGACGAGCGAGCACCGGGACAGACGCGCGUGACACCAGGACCAGGGCCGAACCAGGACGGAUCAGGGCCAAACCAGGACAGACCAGGACAAAGCGGGCCAGACUCCACAUUGUGUUUUCCGUUGAUAGCGCUAUGGGAAAAGAAUCGGUCUAAGAUGUUCCCUCACCACCGAGAGCGGGAGCAGCCGAUCUUCAGCACCAGGGCCCAUGUGUUCCAGAUUGACCCCAGCACCAAGAGGAACUGGAUCCCGGCCAGCAAGCACGCCGUCACCGUGUCCUUCUUCUACGACGCCAACCGCAAUGUGUACCGCAUCAUCAGUGUGGGCGGGACCAAGAGUCUGGUUGGUGUCCGCAGAGUCUGGUUGGUGUCCGCAGAGUCUGGUUGGUGUCCGCAGAGUCUGGUUGGUGUCCGCAGAGUCUGGUUGGUGUCCGCAGAGUCUGGUUGGUGUCCGCAGAGUCUGGUUGGUGUCCGCAGAGUCUGGUUGGUGUCCGCAGAGUCUGGUUGGUGUCCGCAGAGUCUGGUUGGUGUCCGCAGAGUCUGGUUGGUGUCCGCAGAGUCUGGUUGGUGUCCGCAGAGUCUGGUUGGUGUCCGCAGAGUCUGGUUGGUGUCCGCAGAGUCUGGUUGGUGUCCGCAGAGUCUGGUUGGUGUCCGCAGAGUCUGGUUGGUGUCCGCAGAGUCUGGUUGGUGUCCGCAGAGUCUGGUUGGUGUCCGCAGAGUCUGGUUGGUGUCCGCAGAGUCUGGUUGGUGUCCGCAGAGUCUGGUUGGUGUCCGCAGAGUCUGGUUGGUGUCCGCAGAGUCUGGUUGGUGUCCGCAGAGUCUGGUUGGUGUCCGCAGAGUCUGGUUGGUGUCCGCAGAGUCUGGUUGGUGUCCGCAGAGUCUGGUUGGUGUCCGCAGAGUCUGGUUGGUGUCCGCAGAGUCUGGUUGGUGUCCGCAGAGUCUGGUUGGUGUCCGCAGAGUCUGGUUGGUGUCCGCAGAGUCUGGUUGGUGUCCGCAGAGUCUGGUUGGUGUCCGCAGAGUCUGGUUGGUGUCCGCAGAGUCUGGUUGGUGUCCGCAGAGUCUGGUUGGUGUCCGCAGAGUCUGGUUGGUGUCCGCAGAGUCUGGUUGGUGUCCGCAGAGUCUGGUUGGUGUCCGCAGAGUCUGGUUGGUGUCCGCAGAGUCUGGUUGGUGUCCGCAGAGUCUGGUUGGUGUCCGCAGAGUCUGGUUGGUGUCCGCAGAGUCUGGUUGGUGUCCGCAGAGUCUGGUUGGUGUCCGCAGAGUCUGGUUGGUGUCCGCAGAGUCUGGUUGGUGUCCGCAGAGUCUGGUUGGUGUCCGCAGAGUCUGGUUGGUGUCCGCAGAGUCUGGUUGGUGUCCGCAGAGUCUGGUUGGUGUCCGCAGAGUCUGGUUGGUGUCCGCAGAGUCUGGUUGGUGUCGGCAGAGUCUGGUUGGUGUCCGCAGAGUCUGGUUGGUGUCCGCAGAGUCUGGUUGGUGUCCGCAGAGUCUGGUUGGUGUCCGCAGAGUCUGGUUGGUGUCCGCAGAGUCUGGUUGGUGUCCGCAGAGUCUGGUUGGUGUCCGCAGAUCUGAUUCUCACUUGUUGUUAAAGGCCAUCAUCAACUGCAGCGUGACGCCGAGUAUGACCUUCACCAAAACGUCGCAGAAGUUUGGUCAGUGGGCGGACACCAGGGCCAACACGGUCUACGGCCUCGGCUUCAGCACCGAGCAGCAGCUGCAACAGUUCUCCGAUAAGUUCCGGGAGGUGAAGGAUGCGGCUCGUUUGGCCCGAGAGAGGUCCCAGGACAAAGACUUGGCCAACGCUGCCCUGACCAUCGCCGCCCCUCAGUUCUCGCAGGACCUGGUAGACGUGCUGCAGUCUCCUCCCACAGUGAACCUAAAUGGACCUGAGGACAAACUGUUCCGCAGUCAGAGCGCAGACUUCACCCUCGCCGCCGAGAAGGAGCGCAUCAAGAAGAUGCUGUCGGAGGGUUCGAUCUGUGAGAUGAAUCUGGAGGCGGAGCUCUUCUCUCUGCAGGACAACAACUCCAAACUGGUGGCGGCGCUACACGAAGCUAACGCUAACGUGGAGCAGUGGAAGAAGCAGCUGGCGGCGUACCAGGACGAGACCGAGAGGCUGCGAGAACAGGUGUCGGAGCUGGAGGCCGGAGGAGCAGGAGACCUCCUGAAGGACGAGCUCACUCAGAGUCUGGAGGAGCUGGAGGCGCUGCUGAAGGCCAAGGACCAGGAGAUCCACGUUCUGCAGAGUAAGAAGUCCGAGUAUCAUGACGUGGAGCACGACCGAGACCAGGCCCUGCACCGGCUGCGGGAGAUGGAGAUGAGGAACGCGGAGCUGGAGCGCCGGGUCCAGACCACGGAGCAGAACCUCCACAGCUCUCUGGACGACCGGGACCGCAUGGACAGCGAGGUGCAGCGAGCCAUCGAGAUCCUGGACGUCAAGAUCUUCGACCUGAACGACCUGCGCCAGAGUCUCUUCAAACUCAUCAGCAAGUAA